AUGUUCAAAUACACGGUGACGUUGUUGAUCGCAGCGAUGGCCGUGUCGGCGUCGCUGGCCGUCAGCAUACCAGCCGAACACCGGCCGCAGGAACCGGCCGCGGACGCCAGCAACGUAGUGGUGCACAAGAAGCACAUCAAGCCUGACAAGAUCGUGUUCAUGUCGGAGGUAUCGUCGUCACAUGACGAGGGUGAGAGCGAGGGUGGCAGUGGCGGCGGCGCCCUACUGGAAUUGGGGCUAUCCGGACUGCUCGAAGCGGUCAGCGCGCCGAAGAAGAUCAUCGGCGCCAUCGCCAGUUUCGUGAUCGGCAAAUUCAAGUCGGUGAACCUCAAGAAACUCGUCAAGAUUGCACUGCUGGGCGCUCUGGUGACCGUGCUCGGCGCCGUGGCCUCCGUGGCCGUGGCCGGUCUCGUGUCCAUCGUGUCGGCGGUAUGCGCGGUGCUACCGUACCUGAGACUCGUGUUCGGCGGCCACCACCACAAGGGCGAGUCCACGUCCGAGUCACAGGACGACUUUGUCAGCGAGUUUGUGAUGGGCGCGCUCGAAAAGUACAACGUCAAACGCAAGGCGUGA